AUGGCGUCCUCGGAUGAGGAGACGAGCCGGCUCUUCCGCAUCCGCCGCACGGUGUUUGAGAUGCUGCGCGACCGCGGAUACAAGGUCGACGAGGAAGAAAUCAAUCUCGCAAGGAACGUGUUCAUCGAUCGCUACGGCAACCCCGUCCGCCGCGAAGACCUCGCCAUGAGCGCUGUGAAGUUGUCGAACGGUUCCUCCGACCAGAUCUACGUGUUCUACCCCAAUGAGGCAAAGCCCGGGGUGAAGACGAUCAGGAGCUACGUCGAGAAGAUGAAGCAGGAGAACGUCUUCGCUGGCAUACUCGUCGUGCAGCAGGCGCUCAGCGCGUUCGCACGCAGCGCCGUUCAGGAGGUCUCCCAGAAAUACCACCUCGAGGUCUUCCAGGAAGCUGAACUUCUUGUCAACAUUAAGAACCAUGUCCUAGUGCCAGAGCACGUGGUCCUGACACCAGCAGACAAGAAGACUCUUCUAGAGCGGUACACCGUGAAGGAAACCCAGCUCCCCCGGAUUCAGAUUACAGACCCGAUAGCAAGAUACUAUGGGAUGAAGCGUGGGCAGGUCGUGAAGAUCAUCCGAGCCAGUGAGACUGCUGGAAGAUACAUCACCUACCGCUACGUUGUCUGA